AUGGCACUUGCUUUUGGGGACGGCGAAGAGAAGUCUUCCUUCGAGGCUGGGGAGGCAUCGUUAGCAAGGAAAGUCAAUUGGAACAAGACGGGACAGGGCAGUAAGGUAUUCAGGCAGUACGGCAUCCAGGCACAAUGGCUGACCGCCCGCGUGGAUGCCCGACGGCUCAGGUGUCGAUUAGCCCUGAACCCUCGCGUAAAGUUGAGCCCAAAGGGGAAAGGCAAGCCCACACAAGCCGCAAAUCCUCGAUUCCAAUUUCACGCCGGCCUCAACUUCCACCUCCGCCCGCCCCCUUCGCCAUCUACACCUCCUUCCCGUCAACCCUCGCUGUCGUCAAGCCCUAUCUUCAAGAUGGAUGCCAGCAAGCAGCCCGCUAAGCUCGUCAAGGUCACCCGUGUCCUCGGCCGUACCGGCUCCCGUGGUGGUGUCACCCAGGUCCGCGUCGAGUUCAUGGACGAUACCUCUCGCAGCAUCAUCCGUAACGUCAAGGGCCCAGGAGCAUCCACAAAAGAAGCCAGAGAGAAGGAACUCUGCAGUUCGGAAUCAUUCGAAGAAGAAGAAAACAAGAGCUGGGAAUACAGGGAAUACAAUGAAUCUGGAAUUCAACACUACUCGGACUGGAUCAGCUUUCUCCGCAUGGGAUUUCGUGGGCUAGGAGGGGAACAAACAAGCACGCAAGCAAGCAAAAUCGAAACAAAGGUGUUGAAAGCUAACGCAAUCUCGUCGCAACCAACAGUCAAGGUCGACGACAUCCUCUGCCUGCUCGAAUCCGAGCGUGAGGCCCGCCGCCUCCGCUAA